AUGGAUCCAGCGAAGCAGUGCUACCACUGCCAGGGCCUUGGGCAUGUCCAGGCUGACUGCCCGACCCUUCGUCUGAGCGGUGGAGCUCAAGGCGGCGGCCGAUGCUACUCAUGCGGCCAGGUUGGCCAUUUUGCGGUAUGCGACAUUGAAACUCCCGGGGGACCGCAGACUGACAUUCAAAAGCGCGACUGCCCAACUCCUAACGCUGCCGCUGCACCACCAGCCGGCCGAGGCAUCGGAGGACCAGCCCGCGGCGGCUUUGCUGGCGGACGCGGUGGAUUCGCUGGAGGCCGCGUCGCCAACUGCUACAAGUGCGGUGGACCCAAUCACUUCGCGCGCGAUUGCCAGGCUCAGGCCAUGAAGUGCUACGCUUGCGGCAAGCUUGGCCAUAUCUCCCGCGACUGCACUUCGCCCAAUGGAGGCGCAAUCAACGGGCCUGGUAACAAGACUUGCUACCGUUGCGGCGAGGCGGGACACAUCAGCAGAGAGUGCCCUCAAGCCGUCGGUGAAGUCAACGGAGCUGCUCCUGUCGUCAAUGGCGAGGCUAACCCGACUCCUGCGGCUGGCGGUCAACCUGAAUUGGCCGCAGCUGCGCCUGUCGCCCCGGCCCAGCUGGUCGCCUAA